GGCGGCUGCGGCGCGGCGCCCGCUCCCGCCCGCUGGCCGGCCGGGUCGCCUCCCGCCGCAGGACCGGUGCGCCGCGCUCGGGAGCCAUGCAGCGCCUGGCCAUGGACCUGCGGAUGCUCUCCCGGGAGCUCUCCCUCUACCUGGAGCACCAAGUCCGCGUGGGGUUCUUCGGUUCCGGGGUGGGCUUGUCCCUGAUCCUGGGCUUCAGCGUCGCUUAUGCCUGCUACUACCUGAGCAGCAUUGCCAAGAAACCCCAGUUGGUGACCGGGGGCGAGAGUUUCGGCCGCUUCCUGCAGGACCACUGUCCCGUGGUGACCGAAACGUAUUACCCAACAGUCUGGUGCUGGGAGAGCCGAGGACAGACCCUGCUGAGACCUUUUAUCACGUCCAAGCCCCCGGUGCAGUACAGGAACGAACUUAUUAAAACUGCAGAUGGAGGGCAGAUUUCGCUGGACUGGUUUGAUAAUGAAAACAGUGCAUGUUAUGUGGAUGCCAGCACCAGACCCACUAUUUUACUGUUGCCUGGCCUCACCGGAACAAGCAAGGAAUCCUAUAUCCUUCACAUGAUCCAUCUCAGUGAGGAGUUAGGAUACAGAUGUGUGGUUUUUAACAACAGAGGAGUGGCGGGAGAGAGUCUCCUGACGCCACGGACUUACUGUUGUGCAAACACGGAAGACUUGGAGACGGUUAUCCACCAUGUGCACAGCCUGUACCCUUCUGCGCCUUUCCUGGCAGCAGGAGUUUCCAUGGGAGGAAUGCUGCUUCUAAAUUACCUGGGCAAAAUUGGGACCAAAACUCCUUUGAUGGCAGCUGCAACUUUCUCAGUUGGUUGGAAUACUUUUGCUUGUUCAGAGUCAUUGGAGAAACCACUCAACUGGCUGCUUUUUAAUUACUAUUUGACCACCUGUCUGCAGUCUUCAGUUAAUAAGCACCGACACAUGUUUGUAAAACAAAUUGAUAUGGAUCAUGUCAUGAAGGCUAAAUCCAUCAGAGAGUUUGAUAAACGAUUCACCUCAGUCAUGUUUGGAUACCGGACAAUUGAUGAUUAUUACACCGAUGCUAGUCCCAACCUCCGACUGAAAUCUGUAGGAAUUCCAGUGUUGUGUCUGAAUUCUGUAGAUGAUGUUUUCUCACCCAGUCAUGCUAUUCCAAUAGAAACUGCUAAGCAAAACCCUAACGUUGCUUUGGUCCUCACGUCUUACGGAGGCCAUAUUGGUUUUCUGGAAGGAAUCUGGCCAAGGCAAUCCACUUACAUGGAUCGAGUCUUCAAGCAGUUUGUGCAGGCCAUGGUAGAGCAUGGACAUGAGCUUUCUACCAUGUAGUUCUUGGGGUGCAUUUUGGCUGAAGAACCAUUGUAAAGGUAUCUCCAAUUAGUGCACAAAUUUUAACUACUGUAAAUAUAGAAAAUAAGCCAGCAUAUGGGUGAAGAGGUCCAGAAUGACAAGCAAAAACUACUUUUUAGGGAAACAAAACACCUUUGUAGCAAGAAAUUAAAUAUAGAAUUAGAUUGUUACUUAUGUAGAUUUUAUUUUUACUACGCCUUACCAAAUAUGACCUUAAAUAAAGUAGUACAUACAUGAAAUUGCACUUAACCAAAACUGUUGUGUAAGAUUUUAAUUCCUCAGGGUUUUAAUUUAGGCUAGUAUUUUUUUAGAUUACUCAUUUUAGGUGAUUUAAUGGUACUUUAAUAACUGUUAAGAGAUUUUGGUUAUAUGGAUGUAAAUUAUAAGUUGGCACAUUCCUAAGGGUAUUUAUACUUGAUGAUAACAUGAAAACUGAAAUAAAAUACAAUGGUCUAAAUCUUUUAUGUAUUCUAACUCUGAAGGGCAAGUGCAACGAUGUUAGACUGAUUUAUAUACAUGCUCUUCUACUCUAAUAAUAUUAAAUUAGGGCUGAUUUAUGUUUUAUAAUGAUUAUAAUUUACGAGCUUAUUUUUAAAAUAGUAUAUGUGUACACAUAUGUAUCAUUAUAUUAAAAUAAAUUAUAUCAUUUUAAAUUGUUUGUGAGAUUUUGUCUAAAGAGUCUAGAAGAUAAUUCCUAAAAAGUAGCUUAUGAUAAUUCCAUGAAUGCAGUAGUAAUAAAACUGUUUUGCUUGACUGUUUCCAGACUAUCAGGUUCAUAUCAUUUGUGCCAGUUAAGAAUGCUUUUAGGGCAGGUGUUUGGCCUAGCAGUUAAGUUGCUGUUUGAAACACCUGUGUCCCACAUCAGAGUACCUGAGUUUGACCUGGCUCCAAUUCCUCACUCCGGCUUCCUGCUAACGCAGACCCUGGAAGGCAGCCAUGAAGGCUGAAGUAAUUGGAUUCUUGCCACUCACAUGAAAGACCUGUAUUGCGUUCCCAGCUCCAGCUUUGGCUAUUGCAGGCAUUUAGAGAAUUGAGCAGCAGAUGGGAGCUCUAAAUGCCUGCCUCUCAAAUAGAUACUUGCAGCUACUGGAAACCCAACAGUGCCUUAAUGAAUAACAACAUUGAAUUACCCUAAUGUCAAGGCAUCCAAGAGCUCUCCUGGUAGGCAGGCCAAGGAAUUUAUCAGUGUCCUCAAAGGCCCAGGCUCAAUUUCCACUCCAUCCUUAGCCAGAUGGGUAGUUGUCUUAGAUACCAGGAUAGCUUCUUCUGGUCCAAACAUCACUUUUCUGCAGUAUACUGCACGCAAUAUGAAUGAGAAUUUCCUGGAUAUAUGAAAAGCUCCCACAAGUCAAAUAAUACCAACAAUCCAAUAGAGAAUGGACAAUGUACAGAAAUGGGAUGACUCUUUAAACAUAUGAGAUAUUUGACCUCAUUGAUAAUAAAGAUAAAUGCAAAUUGAACUACUUGAUAAUACUCGCAACAUUUGUUUUUUUAAGAAAGAUUUAUUUAUUUAUUUGAAAGGCAGUUACAGAGAGGCAGAGCAGAGAGUGAAAGAGAGAGAGGUCUUCAAUCUGCUGGUUCAUGAACUCCCAGAUGGCCACAAUGGCCAGAGUAGUGCCGAUCUGAAGGCAGGAUCCAGGAGCUUCUUCUGGGUCUUCCACGUGGGUGCAGGGGCCUAAGGACUUGGGCCAUCUUUCACUGCUCUCCCAGGCCAUAGCAGAGAGCUGGAUCGGAAGUGGAGCAGCUGGGGCUCAAACCGGUGUCCAUAUCGGAUGCUGGCACUGCAGACGGUGACUUUAUCCUCUACACCACAGCACUGGCCCCACUAUUUUUUCAAUUAACAGUUUUGGUAAGGAUGGGGAACAGGCACCAUGUAUGAGACUAUAAAGUUGAUCAAUGUCUAUAGAAGACAGUAUGUCAAUAUCUACCAAGCAAUACAAAAAUACCUUUGACCUUGCAAUUUCAUUUCCAAGAAUAUAUCUUAAAGAUAUGUUCCUACACAUGUGAAAUAUGUGCAAGAUAAUAGUGUUGUGAUACAAAAACGUAGAAGACAACUUAAACGCUAAUCAAUUUGGAACUGGUUAAAUCAGUUGAGGUCUAUUCAUAUAGUGAAAUAUUUACCAUUGCAAAAUUAUACAUUGAGAAUCUCUUAUCCAAAAUGCUUGAAGCCAGAAGUGUUUCAGGUUUUGGAGUUCUUAGGAUUUGGGGAUAUUUGCAUAGACCUUACCAGUUGAGCAUCCCUAAACCAAAAAUCCAGAAUUUGACAUGCUCUAUAAUUCAGAUUUCAGAUAUUCUGAUGAGGGAUGCUCUGAGGGAUUUUUUUUGUUGUUGUUGUUUUAAUAUUUUUGACAGGCAGAGUGGACAGUGAGAGAGAGAGACAGAGAGAAAGGUCUUCCUUUUUUUGCCGUUGGUUCACCCUCCAAUGGCCGCCUUGGCUGGCGCGCAGCGGCCAGCGCACCGCACUGAUCCGAAGGCAGGAGCCAGGUGCUUCUCCUGGUCUCCCAUGGGGUGCAGGGCCCAAGGACUUGGGCCAUCCUCCACUGCACUCCCUGGCCACAGCAGAGAGCUGGCCUGGAAGAGGGGCAACUGGGACAGAAUCCAGCACCCCAACCGGGACUAGAACCUGGUGUGCCGGCAUCGCAAGGCAGAGGAUUAGCCUAUUGAGCCGCGGCGCCAGCUCUGAGGGAUGUUAAGAAAGGAUCGCUAAGGAAUGUUAAGAAGAGGAGCAAGGAAUAGUAUGUGUGUUUUUGUGUGUAUUUUUUACACAAAAUGUAGCAAAGUACCAAAUAUAAAUAUGAACAGAAUUUCUGGGAAGAUACAGAAGAACUGGCAAAUAUAGAGAAUAUUAGUCAUUUUUAUAAAGAUUUAUUUAUUUAUUUAAAGAGUGAUAGGGGGCCGGCACCGCGGCUCAAUAGGUUAAUCCUCCACCUAGCGGCGCCGGCACACCGGGUUCUAGUCCCGGUCAGAGCGCCGGAUUCUGUCCCAGUUGCCCCUCUUCAGGGCCAGCUCUCUGCUGUGGCCAGGGAGUGCAGUGGAGGAUGGCCCAGGUGCUUGGGCCCUGCACCCCAUGGGAGACCAGGAGAGGCACCUGGCUCCUGGCUUCGGAUCAGCGCGGUGCGCCAGUCACAGAGUGCCAGCCGUGGCGGCCAUUGGAGGGUGAACCAACGGUAAAAGGAAGACCUUUCUCUCUGUCUCUCUCUCUCACUAUCCACUCUGCCUGUCAAAAAAAAAAAAAAAAAAAAAAAAAAAAAGAGUGAUAGGGAUAGAGAAGGAGGAAUUCCACGUUUGGAAAUCACUAGAGUUCUAAAAGUUACUAGAAAUUAGGGAAGUUGCUAUUGUCUGUGGCAGUUGUCAUGCUUAGCUUUUCACUGGCCUUCACCAGUAAACUAUAAAUACAGUGAGGACAGGAAACACUGCUCUCUUUCAUCCCCUGGGACCAACAGUCUAGGCUUAUAUUAGGUUCUUAAUAAAUAUUUGUUGUUAAUUAAUAAUACUUGAUUAUUUGGCUCUGGUGCUAAUGGAAAGCUAGAAUUACAUACAAAUCAGGAGUGGCAAGAAGAGGCAUUUUGCUUGCAGGCUGUCCCUGGAUCAGAACAUCUGGUAAAGCCAUCUGUUUCCCCUGCAGACUUCAGUCAAAAUGGUAAUUUUUAAAUUCUCACACUUACUGUGAACCUAAUAUAGCACUGGUCACAAGGUAAGCACUCAUUUUUUUAGAACCUAAUUUGGAGUCAACAAUGACAAUCUGCAAGGUCAGGUGAUAAAGCAUUCCUAGGAAAUGUGCUAUUUUAACUCUAGUUGUCAUGUAUAAGACAGUAUUUUGUCCCUAACUUUUGCUAAAACACAUCAAGGUACCAAAAAGAAGCUGGUGUGUGUUCCUCCUCCUGCAGUACAAUGGCAUCAUGUGGAUGGAUACCUAAUGCAGCAAAAGUUGCUGGAGAUGUUUGUUUGCUUUUAUUGUCUUGCUUUUGUUUUAUUGUCAAGUAAAGAUGUUGAUAUUUAUAUAAUCGUGGCCCCGUGAUAGCUGAAGAACAAUGCUUUCAGCUUUUGUCAUAGGUAUUAUAAAGCUGUGAAUUGCUCA